AAAUAUCUAGACUACAAAAUGAUCGUUUUUACUGACGCAUUCACUGAUGACGAAUUGUUCUCAGACUCUUUCCCACAAAAGACUGAAUUUGGUGGUUUCAUCAUUAACGUCUCAUCCAAGAUGAUGAAGAAGGACGACGAUGAAGACAUUUUGUACGACAGAAAGACCUUCGAUGCCAUGGACAACAAGCCAGAUAACGUUAUUGAUGUUGACCAAGUUGUCGAAACCUUCAGAUUGCAAGAACUCACUUCUAUUGCUAAGAUUAAGGAUUGUGUUGCUACCAUCACUCCAUACUUGACUGCUUUGAAGAAGAAGAUCCAAACCAACAAGGGUGAAGAUGCUUUGAAGUCUUUCAAUGAAGAACUCAAGAAAUUCUUGAUGGACCAAGUUGGUAAGGAUUUCUCCAACUAUAAGUUCUACAUGGGUGAAUCAAUGGAUACUGAUAACGGUAUGGUUGUUUUCCAAAAGUAUAACGAUGACGGUGAAACUACUCAAUUGUACUUCUUUGCUGAUGGUUUGAAGCAAAUUAAGUGUUAAUUUUAGUAAAAGAAUUAGCUUUUUGUAA